AAUCAUUACAACAAUGGAGAAACCCUUCCUCAAGAACAGCCAUUGCAAUCCUGUGGUUCUUACAACCCUAACACUGCUCAUCUUCUCCACCGCAUCAGAUGCUCAGAUCGGAGCUUGCUACGGCACUCUCGGCGACAAUUUUCCGUCGCCGGAAGAUGUGAUCGGUCUCUGCCGGAAAUCCCAAAUCAGCCGGAUUCGAAUCUACAACCCUAAUCCGGCGAUUCUGCAAGCCCUAAUUCCAGAGAUUUCAGUCAUCGUCGGUGUCGAUAAUGGAGACAUUCGCGGAAUUGCAAGCAAUCCCGAAAUGGCGAAAUCGUGGAUCCAAAACAACAUCCUCCGCUACAAGAACGCCAAUUUCAGCUGCAUCGCCGUCGGGAACGAGAUCAGCCCCCUCGACAGCGGCGGCGGGAGCGCCGCCAUUGCCGGAAGCGUCGUGCCGGCAAUGAAGAACAUCCAAGCAGCCCUUUCCGCCGCCGGCCUCGCCGGAAAAAUCAAAGUCUCGACGGUCCUGAGCGCGGCGGUUCUGGGGAACUCGUACCCGCCUUCGGCGGGUGUUUUCCGGCAAGAAAUCCAAUCAUCGUACAUCGACCCCAUUAUCCAGUUCCUCGCCGCGAAUCGCGGCCCUUUCUUAGCCAACGUUUAUCCCUACUUUGCCUACAUCGGACAGCCGGAGGACAUCCGGCUCGACUACGCCCUCUUCACGUCGCCGGCGCCGGUGGUGAAGGACGGCGAGUAUCAGUACCAGAAUCUGUUCAGCGCCAUCGUCGAUGCGUUCAAUGCGGCGUUGGAGAAAUCCGGCGGCGCCGGACUUGAGGUUGUCGUGGCGGAGACAGGAUGGCCGACGGCCGGCGGGACGGCGACGAGCGUUGAGAAUGCCCGGACGUACAAUACGAAGCUGUCGGAGUUCGUGAAGAAGGGAACUCCAAGAAAGCCACAAAAGGCUAUCGAAACCUACGUGUUUGAUCUAAUUGAUGAGGAUCUAAAAAACCCUGAAUAUGAAAAGCAUUGGGGGCUUUUUUUACCAAAUAAAAACCCUAAAUAUCCUAUGUCGUUUAAUUAG